AAUGAGUAAUGUGGCACAUACGCCAGCGGUAAUGGUGGCCCCGCUCCCACGCAUUUUAACGGCGCACCAUGCCACCCUCAUCAGGAAACGGGCGGGAGGAGAAGAGAUAGAGAUGUUGCCCUCUCAGCUGUUCAGUCCCGAAUUCGUUCGCUUUUCACGCGCUUAUCUAAUGUACAGGGAAAUCCAGCAGUUUGUUGACAAUUUCUAUACUGACGUCACAAUUCUGACGACAAUCGCUUUUGUUUUGUUUACAUUUUAAUUGUUGUAUUAGGUGUGUGUAUACGUCGCUGAGUUGUUGUGUGUCUUCUUAUUAAUGCUGUUAGUUUGUAGGUGUAUAUGUAUCAUUUCAAAAAUCAAUCUUUUGUUUGAAUUUGUUUAAAUUAAAAUGAGUGUUCUGUAUGAUGAGGAGUCCUGGGGUGGUUUCUUUCGCUUUGGCAGAAGUACUAGUCGCUGUUUUUUCCAGUUUGUGGGAAAUGUUCCGUCUUCUAGACAUGUAUUGUACAAGUCUACGAAGACCUCUGGAUGAGUGUGAAUGGCAUGCUGCAAUGCAAUAUUUGGAAUGCCAUCCGGCCAUGGGGCCUUGUUGUUUCCUACCCUUCUGCAGGCGGCUACCAAUUCCACAAUCGUGAUCGGUAGGAUAGCCUCUUUAUUCACACCUCUUUCGAUGACACUUGGUUCCUCCAGUUGCCUGGGGAACAGUGUGGUGACCACCCGGUGCAAUAGUUCCGGGCAUUUUGGUGAAGGCACGUAGCUUCCUUCUUCUUCAUUACAAUUUUAUACGGGCGACCCCAAGGGUCUUGUUGGACCUUGUCCUGCAGUUCCUUAAGGCACUGUCAUUUGUUUUUGCAGAUUUUCUUCUUAAGACUCCUUUUAGUGUCCUUCAUUUCUCGUCCACGGGCAUCUACUAUUUUCUUGCUUAUACCAGUUUUAUAGUAUUUCUUCCUCGCCCGUUGUUCUCGUCUUCUGGUUCAGUGGCACACACUACGUGAACUCGCAAUCUCCUUGUUUUACCAGUAUACUGGUGGUCGUCUACAAUUGGGCACUCUUCUCGGCAUGACCGUGUCACAGGCUCGUGUGAUAUUACCCAUCACCUGUUCCGCCUUGAUGUUCGCCGUCCCCGAGAGUUGCAAUUCUUACAGUGCCAGUAGGAACAUCUCCUUAUCAUAAUCCUUUGUUUUCCAACCGACUCUGUUGGUCCUUAUUCUCGCGCUGGAUCUCUGCUCUGAUUUUCUUACCUCUAUUAUUAUGGCCUGGUGAUCACUAUGUCAAUUGAGCCAAUAAGGCAACUACUAACAAAGGUCAGGUCUACAAUAGAUCCUUCGUCUCCUCUUCUGUUAGUGCUACCCUGAUUAACUAACACCAAAUCCAGGAAAGAUGCUUCUAGCAGUACUUGUCCUCUUUAAUUAUUCCUUGGACUGCCCUACUCUACGGCUUAUGCGUUAAAAUCGCCUGCGAUAAUUACUGGCUUUCUUCCCGCAAUAUCCUUCACGAGUCGAUCUAACUGCCGCUUGAACUGUUCGAUGGGUGCGUUAGGCGAAGCAUUGUAGCUGUAUACGUGUAUUCCUGCUAUCUUUGCAUGAACAAAUCCUUCCUCGCUGGUCAACAUUUUUUCCUGGAAUGCCACGUUCCCACGUGCCCAGAUCGCUGCUCUGCCAGUGUCGUCUGUUUCCCACGAUGUCUCGUCCAGAGCCCUAUAUGGUUCACAUAUAAUGGCUACGUCGACCUCCGUCUCAUGAACGUACUGUUCAAGUAAAUCCUGUGCUGUCUCGCAGUGAUUCAAGUUCAACUGCAAUAUCUUCAUUAUCUUCGUUUCUUCAACUUCUCUACUGUCGCUCCGUAUACUGAGCAUGUGUAGCUACCAGCGGCAUAGUAACUUUUCUCUGUUGCUCCUCUUUCUUGGCAGAGAACGCAGCUCGGUUUGUUUUUACAAUCUCUUGCAUUAUGUCCUUCGACUCCACGCUUGUAACAGUGGUUACUUCGAUCCUGUAUCACUGUGCCGUUUUUGCCGAUAUGUCCAAAUCCUAGACAUUUAUAGCAGCGAAGUGGACGUGCAUUCCGCUUUAUCUCUCGUAUUCUGCAUACUACCCAGCCUAUCCUGAUUUUCUGCUUUGCGACCAUCUGCUGAGCCAUUUUUCCUGUCAUUUUAAUGACCACCGUCUACGUAUCGCUAUAUGCCUUGCGCACAGACUUUACUGCCGUUUCCUUCACUGCAUUUGAGCCGCUAUCUUGAAACUCCCUCCGUAGCGCUUCCACGAUGUCCUCCUUAGUGGUUAAAACAUCAAGAUCCUUUACUUCAAAGACCUCUACAUCUUUCAGGGUUCUUAUGGUGACACCCUCUUCUAGCACUUCUUGCACCGCUUGUCGAAGUUCCGUUGCCUUCCCUUCCGAUGUGCGUUGGAGUUCCAAAAGUAGGUCACCAACCGCCGUCUUGCGUAUCCCAUUUACGCUAUCCCCUAGUAUCUUCAGUUUUGGGUCUGCUUUCAUCUUUCGCAAGAUAUCAGCGUAGGACUUCCCGUCGGUAGCUUUUAUGAUUAGAGCCUCCGGUCGGGUUGGUCUUGCCCUUGGCGGCUUAGAUUUUCUAGUGCCUUUCUGAUCUACAACACCAUUGUUAAUCUUAUCGUCUGCUUUUUCUUUUUUCUUCUUUUCCUUACUUGUUUUCACCCUCUGCCAGGGUGGUCAUGUCCCUGUUGUGGGCGGUGGGCACUGAGUAGUGCUGGAAGUCGUCACUAGUGGCGCACUCUGGCCAUGCUUUGGCGUCUUGUCCUCUUCUUUUCUUUUCUUAUUGGUCUCGUUCUGUGUAGAAAACCGUUCCUUCCUCUUCCUUGGCGUUUCUACUUCCCGUUUUUCUUCUGAGGUCAGCGAGGUCCGUGAGCUAUUCGACAUCAUCAGUCCAAAGCUAGACUUAGUCUUGCUCGACGCUUCUCUUGCGCUAAUGAGCCGUUUCCAGAAAGACAUGACCUUCCUCAUGUCAUUCUUAACGCUCUUGUGAAUGUUUUUGGCUGGACCUACUACCACCUUUCAGAUCGUUCUGAAUCUUGUCCAUCAACUCUUCUUCCGCACGAUCUGCUGUCUGAAUUUUAGACUAUACCUCGUGCAUUCCCCUGUUUAUGACUCCAUCACAUCCUGAUGCUAUCAUUUUAAACGAUUUCUUCGAGCGGUUUUCAAGUAAGGGGCUUAAAUGUAAAAAUCGUUGUCUCGAAUAUUGCGCGUGCGACCUAUCUAAUAAAUAGCCUCUUGUUUUGAUGGUUAGGUUGGUUAGGAACACAUGUACAGAUGCGUAAAUUUCUGUGAAAAAAAUUGACGGCAGUGUUCGUAUUCUACAAUAAAAAACAGAGGGGUCUGCAAACUUUUGAACAAUGUAUCAUCCAAAACUUAUAUAUUAAAUUAUGUAUCAAAAAUCGCCUCGUACAUUAGCAGACAGAAAUACUGUAUAUUAACCCAUUAACGUCCAAAACAGAGAAAUCGUAACUCUGUUUUCAACCGUAAAUCUAUCACAUAUUCUACGAAUAUAUUCAAAGCAAACAUACUUUUUCUGAAGUAUUUUUUUCUCUACUUUCCAUUUCUGGUAUCAGAAUUGCGUAUUUUUCACUCAAAAAUCCAAUAUGGCGACGUUUAAAAGAAAAAAUGCAAAAUUUCGAUACUUUUUUUUUAAAUCCAAUUUCUUGCUGUGUUAACGUUGAGGACGGAACUUUAUUUUUCAAUUAUGAGUGCAUAAAUGAGUUGUACUUUAAAUUCAGUUUGGUCCCGAAUCCAGAAAUUCAAUCUGGCGGCUAGAAAAUGGCGCCUGAAGCGCAAAAUUUUGCCCAAACUUUCACGAAUUUUUUUCUCGAAUAUAGCGAGCGUUUUUUGCUAGUUUUUAUAUUAUUUAAAAAGUUAUUUAUGCAUAUAGUUGUUUAUCACUGGCGAGAUCAUUGACGUAAUUUUGUUAUGUAUUGUGAAAUACUCAAAAAUUUCGCAUUUUUACUUUCAGUAUAAAAUAAUAACAAAACUCUGAGUUACAGCGUAAGUGAGGGAGCAGCUGAUGACAAUAGCAUAAAUAAAGAAACCGAACAGCAUAGAGCCAGAGAGCACGAUGACUCACUUAAAUUCAAUAGAAUACACUACGAAUACAUUAUACAGAAACGCGAGAAGACGAGAGACGACGAAAUCAAGAGAUACUUUAUCGAAACUAACGACCAACAAUUUGAAUAAUGAACAACAAAAAACUAACACAAGAGCGCGAAUCCCCAAAUCACAACAUCACAAAACAAGCACUUCAAGCCACAAAAAACACACACACAGACACCUAUAAGAUACGCACCAACAUGGAAACCACAUCGAUUUACACAUACAUAGAAAGGCGUAACGCCCUGCACCAGCCACGAGCCAGAAGCCUUUCAAAGCCCGCCUAACAAACGAAGAAGAGAGGUGGCCCGAUUACAGAAAACCAAACGGUCAUAUAUACGUACUUAAAUAAAAGCGGCAUAAGCUGCGAAUAUUUUUCAACAUAAAACAAGAAUCAAGCAGUAGCCACCAGCACUCCACGGCUGUGCAAACAAGCAGUCGCAUACCUCAAAGCAGGGCACGGCACUACUCGGAACGACAAACAACAACCGAAAGAGGAGAAGCUGGCCAGCAACAAGAACCGAAUUUCCGAGAAUAAUAAACAUAAGAAAUGCACAAGCGGGGAAAUGGCCUAGGAAAGGGAUUAGACCCUACGUACGUGUGAUAGCGAGCUCACAAAUAUUACAACACAGAGGCAGUAAGCCUUCUGAUUGGACCUCUCCACUAAAGAAGCCAUCGCCUUACCUACACAUCUAAACGACUACAUGAUAUAAAAGGGCCCAGCAUCUCGGAUUCUAAAGUUAAAUAACACUGUAAAGCGGUGGUUUUCCGUUCACAAAACAGCGUAUCAUAAAGAGUGAAGAUCACGCGAAAUUGUUUGAUUAUUUGAAUAAAAUUGAUUUAUUACGGGAUAAAUCAUGAGUGAAAUCAAUCUGAGACCUUCGUUCCGCCAUUCGUCUCGUCACACAAUUCAUUCGUAUCUCAGACACCUCAGGUAGCAGAGCAUUCAGGAGAGCAGAGGCAAGGACUACAAAAGGAAAAUGGACCAAAACAAAAUAGACAUCACGGACAUGGGAAAUUCCAAAGUCCUCAUAAAAUUCAAAGGACAAAAAGAAGACGCCAUGAACGGCUUCAUGACACAUGGACCAUGCGUGAUUGCCUUCACACCAAUAGCCACACCACACAUGUAUAUAGCAAACGUCGAAUAUGCAAAAGAAGAGAAUAAGAACGAGGUGAUUAAAACAUACACAAAGUCAAAAUCACAAAGCAUAAUGGAGAAAAUGGGCUACAUAGAAGGCAAGGGCCUAGGCAAAGAUCUACAAGGUAGAACGGACCCAGUGUAAGCCGUAUCAAAUGAAUACAGACAGGGUUUAGGUGCUACCGCCCUAGAUUAUUACUUGGACCGCAAUGAAACGAAUUUUGUCAAUGAACAAGAACAAGGGCCACCAGUCAUCAUGGAAGAACCAGGAGGUAAUGAGGGUCAACAAAAUAAACGAAAAAACUAUGUCGACAAGCAUAAGGGGAAACCCAAACGACAUAAAAGCAAACUUAAAACAAUUUGGACCAUGUGAAAUAGAGAAAGUUUAUACGGACCAACAAGGCCGCACCAAACUAAUAGUGAGAUACCAGAUCCCUCUGCACAACAAGAAAGCAGUUGAGUAUGCAACAGCACUAAUAAAAAAAACCAUAGAACAACCACUACCAGAUAUCCCUACACAGACAACACCAGCAGCAGCAAUAAACAUACCACUGAUCCUUCCGAUAUUACCACUCUUACCACCAGUACUUCGACCACCGUUAUUAGCGACGCCAUUAACAACACCAUUACCAGCACGACCGCAAAAAUCGCCAAGCGAAAAGCCAAUACCGAUGCCAGAAAUAAUAACAGGACCACUGGAUGACACAGCAGGGCUAAGAUUCUGUGCCCAGGUACCUUUGGGCAUGAACUCUGAAGUCUUCAGAAGGAUAUUUGCUAUAUUUGGUCUACUGGACCACAUAACUUUCGUGCUGCACAAGAAACAAGAACACAACACACCACUCAGGAAGUACCUAGCAUUCGUGCAGUACUUUGACAAGGGGGAUGCCAAGAAAGCAAUAAAUCAUUGCAGUGAAAGAUUCAAACAAAGAUGGGCACCACCACGGCACCUCAAGAAGAACGAGACAAAGUACAGAAAAAAUACAGUGUAUGCGGCAAAAUGAGCGACUAUAGGAACAAGGAGGACCACGAGUUCGUAUGUAAAAUACAGAAUGGAGAAAUACUAAAACAUCAUAAAGAGUGUGGCAAGUACAUACAAUACCAACACAUGGAAGCUCACAAACAACAUUGUACAAGGGUCCAAGAAGAUCCAAAAGAAGAGAACAUGGCCACAGAAAACGAACAAAUAAGCAGGGAUCAGUCGACAUCACCUGAUGUGAUUAUAAUGGAAGAAAUAGACAUAGAAGAACUACCACAAGGACAUGACGAAACAAACCCACUAGGAGCAACAAUGGACCAAAACAUUAAUCCAGUCAGCGCUCCAGAACAAAUACUAUGGCUACAAGAAAAUGACCAACAAAUCAACGAGGAAGAAGAAGAUAAAAUGAGUAUUUAUAGUUACGCGCGAUUAUCACAAUAAAUUUUUUUUCCUUCCUUUUUUUCUAUCUUUAUGAAGUUUUUCUAUUAAUUCUCUUUGUACAUGGCCCCAAAAAACUAGGGGGACCCAAAGAAAUAAAUAAUAUAUUUUUGUACUUUUACAUUA